CCUAAUCUGGCCGCCUGGUCAGCCUCCGCUCUACAGUUGCUGCUGCGGCCUGCGGCUUGAAAAAGGAGCGGGGUCUUGGGGAGGCGCCAAUGGCGAGCUCCCGGGGGAGGUGGAGAUGGAGCUGCAGAUCGAUGCUAAAGCUGGUGGUGGCCUUGUGCUUCCUCGCUGUGGCCAUCUCCCUGUGCUUCGUCUGCUUCAGCUGGGAUUGCAGUGGCAGUGGCUGCGGAUGCAGGGGGCGUACUGCGCUGCUCCGUUUAGAUUGCGGGACGCGAGCAACAGCGCAUUUUGGCGCUAAUCAGCAGGAGAACAGCUCGAGAGCCCGGCGAUGGCGGCGGCUGCUGGCGGAGGGGCCGGGAUCGUAUCCACCCCGGUGCGCGGCAAAGUGCGGCGCCUGCGUCCCGUGCUACCCGGUGCACGUCGCCGUGCCGCCCGGCGUCCCGGUCACCACCGAGUACUACCCGGAGGCGUGGCGGUGCAAGUGCGGCAACCGGCUCUACAUGCCAUGACGAACAGGGUCACGAUGGCGAAGCGAUUUGCACGAGGGUGGUGCGCGCGCGCGCGGUGGCCGGUGGGCGUACUGGGCUCCGGCCGAGGCUCUAGUAGUUCUUCUACCCGAUCGAAGCGGCCGUCGCACUCGCACACGGGGCCGUUCCAUUAUUGCGAUGCGGCCGGGGUGGCUCGGUGGCAGCGCGCGCGCGCUGCCGUGGCACAGUGGCAGCGUGGCUGUCGCCGCGCCCGCGCGCGAAUGGGGUGAAGGCGCGGGAGGUGGAGCUGAGCUUGCAGUUGCAGGGCGGUGGUGGGCUGGUGGCCUACUGGGGCUGCUGCCUGAUGGGCGCCUCUGGAAUUUGCACGGCCCUACCACGAGCGCGCGGAGGCUUGGGGUUUGUACGGCGCGUGCUGGAAGGCAGUUGCUGGCUGCGCGUGUCCAGGCAACCUGUUGAUUUUGUUUUGGUUCUUCCUCCUGGCUCCUGUCCAUUUGGAUUGGAUCUUCGAAAUCCCAUUUGUAUCUCUCUGAGAAAUUAUACUCGCCGUAGGCCAUUUUCACCGUUAUUCCUUAGUGGCAGCAUGCACGCCGGUGUUGGUUCUUAUAAAGCAGAAUGGAACAGUGGGAAGUGCUUGUUUAGUGAA